GUUCCGGACGUCGAUGACGCACCUCAGACACGCGCAAUGGUAACCGGAAGCAUCCUUGACAGGAAAAUAAAAAUCGAUCGAAACGCCAGUUGGUCUUGAGGGUGACGGUGGAGGUUUGCAUUCGAUAGCCCUGAACACUGUCACUGUCAAAGGGGACGGCACAGAGCGGGAAAAAACUACCCCGUUUGACCGAAGUUGCUCGCUAACUGGUUUAGCUGACGUGGGGAGAAGUUGAGUCCGCCAGAGAGCUGAGAGACAAACACAAACAAGCUGGGAUCAGCUGAGCGCCUGUCCGAACCGAACCAGUAGCGGGGACAUGUCACGGAGAGCGACUUUGCUUUUGUGAGCCCACGAAUGAUCCACGGGGGACUGUGACUUCCACAGUAACUAGCUCCAUGUAGACUGUCAACACUGGACACACAAAGAAUUUCGGCAGCACAACACGAGGAUCAGCCAUAAGCAGAAGAACAACAUCCACGGUCCUUUUCUGUCACUUGUGUGUCACUUUGGCUAAGCACUACCAAUGACUCCGUCCUCCAGUUUUCUGCUGUAGCCAAACGAUUGCAUAUAACAUUGCAGGAACACAGGUCAUCUCCACGCUUUCCUCUAUGGCUGCUGGUGUCAGAAGUGGGAUCAACAUGGCCCACCAGGCAACCCCUAGUUCUCAGAAGGCCCUGAUGAUGGAGUUGAAGUCUCUACAGGAGCAGCCGGUGGAGGGCUUCCGCAUCACUCUGGUCCAGGAAUCUGAUCUCUACAACUGGGAAGUGGCCAUCUUUGGGCCCCCAAACACCCUGUAUGAGGGAGGCUACUUUAAGGCUCACAUCAAGUUCCCAGUUGACUACCCGUAUUUACCACCAACGUUCCGUUUCAUCACCAAGAUGUGGCACCCCAACAUUUAUGAGAAUGGUGAUGUGUGUAUCUCCAUCCUACACCCUCCUGUUGAUGAUCCACAGAGUGGGGAACUGCCCUCAGAAAGAUGGAAUCCAACCCAAAAUGUCAGGACCAUCCUGCUUAGUGUCAUCUCCCUACUCAAUGAGCCAAACACCUUUUCCCCUGCGAAUGUGGAUGCUUCAGUCAUGUUUCGCAGAUGGAGGGACAGCAAAGGCAAGGAUAAAGAAUAUGCAGAGAUUAUCAGAAAACAAGUGAUGUCCACAGCAGCAGAUGCCGAGCGAGAUGGCGUCAAGGUGCCAACCACGCUGGCGGAGUACUGCGUCCAGACCAGAGUUCCUUCCCAGGACAGUAGCUCAGAUCUUCUCUAUGAUGACCUUUAUGACGAUGACAUGGAGGAGGAUGAGGAGGAGGAGGAUGAGAGCGAGAUGGAGUCUAUAGGCGAAGCUGGAGCAAUAGGUGUUGUGGAUGACGUUGGGAUGUCCACCAGAUGUUACGACGACCAGGAUGACUCUGGCAACGAAGAGUCAUGAUGAGCGGGAUCAUUACUGCUUCUUGUCAACUCCCCACUCCCUGCCUCAUUAUGUAUGUGUGCGUGUGUGUGUGUGUGUACCGUGGGGUCAAUCAAAAGUCUACUGCCAAAAACGUUUUAAUCAUCUAUUAAACAGUCAAAUAAUG